UGCAAUCAUCCCUUCCUUUUCAGCUGUUUCUUGAGCUGAUAACCGCUGCUUCUUUCUUCCUCUGUUCACUCUCUCUCUCUCUCUCUCUCUCUCUCACGCGUGUAGCGUGUUCGGUGAGCUGAGGUUCGAGUUUGGUUGAGUCGAAUCGGCUAUGGCGGAGGAGGACCGGAAAGAGGAGGAGUCACUGGUGGAGAAGAUUGCCGACAAAAUUCACCGCCACGAUUCUUCGUCGUCGUCCGAUUCUGAGAAGGAGGAGGAGGAGAAGAAGAAAACGACUUCGUCCAUGGACGCUAAGGUUCGUCGACUCUUUGGACGGCAGCAGCCUGUUCACAAAGUUCUCGGCGGUGGAAAACAGGCUGAUGUCUUUUUAUGGAGGAAUAAGAAGAUAUCCGUGGGAGUUCUUGGUGGGGCCACUGCAAUCUGGAUUCUGUUUGAGGUUCUAGAGUACCAUUUGCUCACUGCAGUGUGUCACGGCCUCAUCCUUGCUUUGGCUGUAUUGUUUUUAUGGUCAAAUGCUAGCUCUUUCAUCAAGAAGUCUGCACCACACAUUCCAGAAGUUCACAUCCCAGAGGAACCUGUAUUGCAGUUUGCAUCUGCUCUUAGGAAUGAUGUCAAUCAUUGCUUGGCAGUUCUGCGGGAUAUUGCAUCAGGAAGGGAUCUGAAGAUGUUUCUAAUGGUAAUUACUGGGCUCUGGAUCAUAUCUAUUGUGGGCAGCUGCUGUGAUUUCCUGACUCUAUUCUAUAUAGCUGUUGUUUUACUCCACACGGUGCCCGUGUUGUACGAGAAAUACGAGGACGAAGUGGAUGCAUUCGCUGAGAAGGCAAUGCAUGAGCUCAAGAAGCAGUAUGCAGUGUUUGACGCUAAAGUUUUAAGCAAGAUACCGCGAGGGCCAUUGAAAGAUAAGAAGCUUGCCUAGGACUGUAAUUCCGUAUGGUGCCAUUAUGUGAGAAUGUGUAAUUGAUCACUGAAGAAUCUGUGUUUUUCUGUUAUCUACCAGCAAACAUGUUGGAUUUGCCACCCAGAUGUUUGUAAAUAACUCUACAAUCCUGCAUAUGCACAUGGUUCAGUCGUGUUAUUAUGCAUAUAAUGUCAUGGAAUUUACUGUAUUGUAC